UUGAACCCUGUCCAGGCAGCGUAACUCCUCCUUAAAUUAUAAUCUACUCCGUUAGGACAUGGCCUUUUUCGCCGCCGCACCCUGCAGAGCCCGAACCCACCUCGCUUCCUCCGCCGAUUGUUAUUCCCUUUUGCCCUUGAAAUUCGACAGAAUUACUCCCCCUUGCCAUUUGAAUCCAAAACGUCAUUCUGUUUUCUGUACCCUGUCCAAACAGACAAUGGCGGAGCAUCAUCUCGAACCGGUGGUUCUGCAGCGGCCAGACUCGUUCGGGCGAUUCGGUAAGUUUGGUGGGAAAUAUGUACCUGAAACCUUAAUGUACGCCCUCACGGAGCUCGAGACUGCAUUCAAUUCCCUCGCUUCUGACCAGAAAUUUCAGAAUGAGCUAGAUGGGAUAUUGAGAGACUAUGUCGGGAGAGAGAGUCCUCUUUACUUUGCGGAACGACUUACAGAGCACUAUAAACGUCCUGAUGGAAGAGGGCCACAAAUUUACCUCAAAAGAGAAGAUCUUAACCACACUGGGGCCCACAAAAUCAACAAUGCUGUUGCCCAAGCAUUGCUAGCCAAGCGCCUGGGCAAGAAACGUAUCAUUGCUGAAACAGGGGCUGGUCAGCAUGGUGUUGCUACAGCUACCGUUUGUGCUCGUUUUGGGUUAGAGUGUAUUAUCUAUAUGGGUGCUCAGGACAUGGAGAGGCAAGCACUCAAUGUCUUCAGAAUGCGACUUCUUGGAGCUGAGGUAAGACCAGUUCAUUCGGGGACUGCAACGCUGAAGGAUGCUACAUCUGAAGCUAUACGAGACUGGGUAACCAAUGUGGAAUCAACUCAUUACAUCCUGGGAUCUGUUGCCGGGCCCCAUCCAUAUCCUAUGAUGGUAAGAGAGUUUCAUGCAGUGAUUGGUAAAGAAACAAGGAAACAAGCAUUGGAAAAAUGGGGUGGCAAACCCAAUGUGCUUGUUGCAUGUGUUGGUGGAGGUUCAAAUGCGAUGGGGAUCUUUCAUGAAUUUGUCGAUGACAAAGAUGUUAGGCUGAUUGGUGUGGAGGCUGCUGGUUUCGGUUUGGACAGCGGUAAGCAUGCUGCCACAUUGACUAAAGGAGAAGUUGGAGUCUUGCACGGAGCUAUGAGCUACUUGUUGCAGGAUGAUGAUGGGCAAAUUAUCGAGCCACAUUCUAUUAGUGCUGGCCUGGAUUAUCCUGGAGUUGGACCAGAGCACAGUUUUCUUAAAGAUAUUGGACGUGCUGAGUAUUAUAGCAUCACCGAUGAAGAGGCUAUAGAAGCUUUUAAGAGAUUAUCUAGGCUCGAGGGCAUCAUCCCUGCACUCGAGACAUCUCAUGCACUGGCAUAUCUAGAGAAGUUGUGCCCGACGCUUCCAGAUGGAACUAAAGUUGUGCUCAACUGCAGUGGAAGGGGAGAUAAGGAUGUUCAGACAGCCAUUAAAUUGUUAAAGCUUUGAUUGUAUUAACUUGAAAAUGUGCAUGUGAACCUUCUAGGAAUUUCGGGGAAUCAUUUCUUGAGAUCCUUUUGAAGGGCAAUUUAGUUUGUGUCAUGGUCUGCCACCAUGGUUAUAUGAUGAAAUUUUUCAUAUGAAAGCAAUGAUAAACCAGUCAGGUUGCCAUUAUUUA